ACCCUUUAAUAUCCCCCGCCACAAAAAUAUUCCUGGUUACCGUUGUUAAGCAAUCAAUUUAUACAUACACUAAUUUCAUACUUGAAUAGCCAGUUUUUUACUAAGAAUUCGUAGUUGAAAGAGGAGAACCUUAUUAAGAAAUUCUCUAUCCUAACCUGUCGUUAAAUUUUUUUCGCUACAACCUCCCGCUUAAAUUCUUUCGACGCACCACUGCUGGUCACCACAAGGUAAUCGAUGCAUGAACAAAAUAUACUUCUAGCAACAUAACUGGGAAUAAAGAAGCAACAUCUAGUGCUUUGGACAAAAAACCAACAAUGCAUGUUGUUUUCUUAAAGGAUCUAUAAAAGCUUUUAAAGUAGAUAAAUUUGCAGUUAAGGUGAAUGAAACAAUAACAAGAAACCGAAUAACUUCAAAAGGAACUCAAAAGGUCUGUUACAGGCUUCUUACGUCUAAGCGUAUAGUGCGUAUGUACAUAAAAGACAAUUCAUGCAAGAAUGCAACACUUAGCGGAGUCUCUCAAUACCGGCUUUCAGCUUGUCAUGUUUGUUGCCUAAGGCCUGUUAGGAAACAAUCUCAAAACCUGUCAAUCUGCAAAAAGACCCCCAGAUUAUUAGUUGGAUGAUUAAAUUGCAAUAAAUAAUUGUUUGAAAACGAUUCUUGUCAGUUUAAAAGAAAAGACGGAGAUGGAUACAGAGAAGGAGCUUCCAAGGAUUCCUUCGUUAACCAUAAGGGUCUCAGAACUCUACCUAUAGUCCUAAUGUAAGGAAAUGAUCAUAUUUCAUUAUUGUUUAUAUCGCUACCUGACCCCGAGAGCGGAAAAUAAAAAAUAAACGUGUUUUAUUUCAAUUUGCUUGCGAUUUUGAACAGAUUAGAAUAACAGAUGCCAAAACCUGCACGAAGAAACGGCUGUGUAAUGUAACCAUGGCAACUGUUUAACCUAUCAUGCAAUGUGUUUGUUCGAAAACAGGUGCAGCUAAAAUGAGAUUGCAUAGUUGAUUCCUAAAACAAAGUGAGCACACAAAAGCCAAACAAAAUAAGAAUAUUAAUGAAGAGAUAAAUGGUAGCUCAACGAUAAAUCGUUAUAUCAUUUUAUUCAUGCAACUCUUGCCAUCCUUUAUGGUCAUGUCAUCGUCACAGCAAUUUGAUUUUAUGUCUUCGUUUCUUCAUUAUUUUUAUGCAUGGUGCAGCCCUAGCUCGUAGUUUUUUAUGUGUCUUCGAUUAGAAGGGGGAGCCUUUCUUCUUACAAAAAGAAACUAGCAUCUUGUUGGUCGUCUAAUUGCCUCCCUUGCACUCCAGCUUGUAUGGCCGCAAAAUCCCGUAGCUUGUAUGUUAAAACAGGCCCUGAUUCGCGUAUAAAAGGGAAUCAGAGAUGUUUAAUAAAUUAUUGUACGUAUAUGCUCAGCAGGAUCGAAAGAAGCAUGAUCGGAAGAAGUUUUUAGUCCCAUUCUUUCUAUCUGAUUGGCCUAUCUUUGUGUAUUUUCAUAAAAAAGCUAUGUAAAAUUGGUAAAGAUAUCAAAAAGCCGGUGUCUUUGGUUUGAUAAUCUAUUUGAUUUGUUUAAAACUCAAUAGGUUUGAUUUGAAAUUCCAUCAACGUACGCUUUUUCACUUUGCUUUUAUAAAAGAAAUAAAAUGAUGUUCACUUGCCAUCUGUUAUGGUACGGUUCUGCGGAGGAGUAAUUAGUCCAAGCAUUACAAGUCAAUGAAAAGAUUUGAGGACACCUGUUUCGUGUACUUCGGUGUUGGUUGGCCUAUUUGAAUACAAACAGGAUAGAAACUAAAGAGGUCUAUUGUCGCUAUUCAACUUGCUGGCCGCAAAAUCCCGAAAGGCCGCUGCGUGAAAGUCGGCCUGCGUUCGUGUGCUGUUUUUAUGAGACAAAGGCCGGAUGAAUAAUGCAAAGCAGACAGUGAGGCUCAGUACACAAGCACAUUCCUUAUAACAGGUGUUCGUUCGACAACGACGUCCCUUGUAUCAAGGUAAAUGUGUAAUGACUAUUAGCAGAUUCUAGAUUCUGAGUAAGUUUAUGAAAGUCUGGUUCUUAAAAAGAGGGACAUCCAAAUCUCAAGCGUUGAUGAAUGACGCAAUUAUCACACAGUGUCGGAAACUUUCAAGCGUGGCGUAUAACUGAUCAAAGCAGCUAAAGAGUUCAAUUGGCGAAAGUUGAUUGUUAAGAAAGUAGUCAUCGUUCCAACUCCUAGACGAGAGCAUUGACCAAUUCCUCGAAUUAAAAGAACAACGGGAAUGCCAUCUACUGGACUAGCAGCUCACUGGCUUAUCAUAAAUUCAAAAGAGUGCCGAAGACGAAACUGUUUUUACUUUGACUUGAAGGAAAAAUUGACCUUUCUCGAUAAGUGUGAUUUAAUAAAAGCGGUCGUAUAAGUAAAUGCACCCGGUUCUAUGGCCGAUGAAGGAUUGUCUGGUCAGAUUGCAGCGAUACAACAGAGCACCUUCUUGUAUAUAUCAGAAAAUAAGUUUUUUCUCUCGCAAGGUUUGACGGAGAGGGAACUUGCUAAUAAUACAUUCUUAUAAGAAUUAUCUCUGGAUACCUGCAACUGUUGAUAACUUCAAUAUGCAUUUUGCCAAGAGUUGGCCAAGUGUUAGCAAGCAUGUCCGAAAUACAUUGCUUUUGACUUUUUGAGUUUACCUUGAACUGGAACUCAUUGAUAUCAAAAAUUGAAUUAUCUUGGUAAGGGAUUUGCAGGUGCAUCGCUGUUUCUUAAAGGAUAAAAAGACACUGAAGGAAAAUGAAGCACUGUUCUGAAAGGGUAAAUAGUGAAACAUUCGUGGAAGAAUUCGUUGGAAACAGACGGCUUUACGACGGAACUGAAAAUCAGGUAGAAGAAGAAGGGAGCAUUUUCGACAAGUCCGGAGAAGAGAGUAACGCGCUGAAGUCAAAAACAAACUCCGGAAAGAAGUCACAUAAAGACCAAUGUCUAGACAGAGAAAACUGCCUUUCAGCAGUCAAGCGUGCAAGGAUUUCAAAAAGAAAAGUUAACGGUAAAAAGGGGAUAAAGUUGCCCCACAAACAAAGAAAAUAUCUUGCCAAGCUUCAAGAAGCGUUCGAAACGAAGAAAGAAGUUCCGCUAGACGAUGAAGAAAGCAAGGAGAAGAACUUCAAACACACAAGUAGUCCUGAAGUAGUCCUCAAUCCAUCUUGUAAUAAAGAAUUAAUUGUUGAUCAUAUGUGGAAAGAAACAGCUUCGCGGCUGGAAGAUAAAGCAAAUUCAGGAAUCAAUAGUACAAAGCAGGUUUUAAAUGACAGUAAAAAGGCAUCAAAUAACGUCCACAUGCAGAGACGGAUACUCGCAAAUGCGCGAGAGAGAUCGCGGGUACACAAAUUAGGAGAAGCAUUCAAUAUGCUGCGCAGGGUUAUUCCAAGCUAUACUGCAGAUCAAAAGCUUUCGAAGUUGUCUAUUCUCAAAAUCGCAAUCAACUAUAUAUCAGCACUUGGAAGCCUCCUUGAUUACGAUACAUCAACACAUGCGAAACAGCUUUUUGAAUCGAGUGUUAAUGAGUGCACAUAUGCUUUGCAGUCGGAAUUUGGCAGGGCCAAGGGUGUGAAAGGAGCAAGAAAAACGAAAACACAAGAUACAGACAGCAAUAAAUAGUGAAUAGCAUACGUUCAACUUUAAAAUUGCUUACCUUGGGGGUAUUUGUUUUUUCGAGACAGAAAUAAUGGAUUCUGAUAACAGAAAUUUUAUCUAGCUAACUAGCUUCUGGAAGAUAUGGAGCGCCCAAAAGUAUUUAAAAACAAUGCAGCAUUCGCAAAUUUUAAAUUGUGCCUUCAAAUUAUAAUAGGAGAAAAUAUGAGUGACACGACCAGGGCAGGAUAAGGGAAGUUUAUUUUUAAACCUUGUUCUGCAUUCAUUUCAUAUUAUUCAUUUUCGUUUGAUUUUCACUAAGAAUUCAUUCAACAGAUAACUAAAAUGCCCACUUUCUUUUUAAGAUACAAAACCUUAUUACCAAUGGAUAUUUGUAGCAAAGGACUGCAUCAACAGCAUUUUGAACAUAGUUAUAAAUUAAUUGUGGUAUAAUAUCGACAUUUAAAUAGAUAAAGACGCGUCCAAUUAAGUUCGUUCUAGUUAAUAGAGUGUUGAUAAGACUCGGUAAUGCUUUUUUUACUGUUUGCUUCAAAAGAGCACAGUUUGUAAGAACAUCGGCGCUCGAUUUGCCAGAAAAAAAAGAACAUACCUGGUCCCAGAUAAAAGAUCGGAAGAAAAAACAAUAUGUGCUUGACAUUUAGCUCGUGUUAACAAAACAAAGCAGAUUUUGUCACCUGAUCAACCAUACUGCUGAAAAUGUCAUGCAAAACUGUUAUUUAGUAAAGAAAAAAUUUAUAGUAUGUAGUUAUAGAGUUCAAUGUUGAAAUAAAAAAAAAUUUAGAAAAUGCCAGCCUCAAAUUAUCCAAAAAAAUACGAACAUUGAGCCGUGGCAAAAAUUAUCUUGUUCUUAUAAAAAGUAUUCAGAUAAAAAUACAAUUGUUAAUUUACGUUUAUCUGAAGAGGAAAAGGUGUAGGUUAUCUGAGAAUGAAAAUAUGAAAAUUAGAUCAUCAGGCCUAUAUAACCGAAUCUGUCCUGGAAUUGACGAUAGAGCAAAGAGAUCAGUUAGUACUCGAGCACUGGUCGUUACAUCUACACAGCAGACCAAUUAAGUGUAUCACCAGGAUGCUACCUAAGUUUUUCUGCGAAGUGUUCGUUGAGAUGGAUGCAAUUCUUCAGUUUUACUCUCAGAUGUAAGGGAGAAUAACGUUUUCUAUUAAAUAAUCUAAAUUGACAAAGAGAUCAGCAUCUGAUCAAAAAUAGCUUCCUUACAAUAGAUACCGUAGAAGAAGAACGCGCUUAAAUAUCUCAUCUCCAAAGGUACACAGGCCUAAACUUUCCCAACUUUGGAUUAUUGAAAAAAAAGUAAUGAAGAUCAAAAGAGCUCUCAAAACGUUAAAUUUUAAAUCACACGCUUUUAAAGUAAAUGGAGUGUCAGCCAGUCAAGCAAUUUCAUACAGUUUACGAGCCCGUGCAAAGCAAAAAUGUUAAGUAUGUUCUCCUUUAUCCAUUUUCUUUUUCGCCUCAAAAUGUUCUCAAUAUGAAAUAUGUUUUUAUUGAAAGUUACAACAAUAGUCAGCUUUAGUGGCGCUCUUAAAGUUUUAGUUAAUUUAGUUAUAGUUAUAGUUAAAGCUUUAGUUAAUUUACGACAAACAAUUUAGUGGCGUUCUUAAAAUCGUGGCUUUUUAUAGCGUUUUUAGUCUCUUUUGCAUAUUUCAUAAAGCCAAGCCCGACAAAGCGAUUGAUAAGUAGUGGAUGCAUGGUCGCAAGCUGCAAUCAUUCCCAGGUGGUGGAGCCUUGAUUCUUACUUACCAACAUCAAUAGACACAAGCCAAUUUGAAAAUACAUGAGUUUUUUUUAAUUAAAAUAAUUUUUUCAAGGAAGAGAUGCUUUCGUCUCAUUCAGAUUGCGAAGAACGUGCAGGGCUGUUAAUUGUAAUUUUCUAACUAUCAAUUCGUUUAAAGGCACAUUCAAUGUUAAUAGGAAAGAAGAAUCUGAUUAUAUCAAUGAUCCUAGAGAGAAAUCCACGAUAAUCCCAGUUUAUCGUCUGAAUGACUAUAAUUUCGUUCAUGAUGUUAUCUCUAUCCUUGCAGAGUCAUCCACGUAAAUCCAUGUUUAAUUAUCAACAUGAAUGUACUUUCCAAUUAAACCGAGAAUAUGUUUUUUGCUUCUACCAGUGUACAGGUGUCUUUCUGCCCACUCUUAAAUCUGUUAUUGAGAAUAUGAAGAGUUUGCUAAUCGUAUAAAGAUAUUAACUUUGAAGGUAUCCCUUCACUCCUAACAGUGUUUUUGCAUACAGCAAUUUGCUUAUGCAAAGCUUUGACAUUACAAGUGAUUUUUAUUCUUGACGAACAUCUGGCAAGCCAUGAUCUAUGAAUUAUAAAAGCGUGAAUUAGAGCUCUACAUGGGCAAAAUUUGAGUGGCCGAGGUUUUCAUUGCAUGAAAAUGUGUUUUAGGCAGGUACCAGUAUUUUUCAACUUUUGAGGCAUGUCUUUUAAAACUUAAUUAAUUUUUUUAAAUCCGCCUUUAUGAAUGUAAUAAUU